AUGGUGGAUUCAAGAUGUCACUCUCACGACGAAACAAGCUCGUCGGCUGCUGCUAAUUGCGACAUUGUCUCUCGUUUUCGUGUCCAUUCUGGAUCACUCAAAGCCAAGGGGUUCAUGGGAAUAGCUGAAUUUGCAGUUAUUGACUUGACUCUCCCAGAUCGUCUUACCCUUGACCACGAUGAAGCGGAGAGCCAUGAAGUCCGCGGGGUACUUUCUGAUGAUAUAAAACGCAUGCCCCGAUUGCGUGGACGCGAGGGGUCUCCAGCUGCUAGCGCCUCGAAAAAUCCAUCCACUAAUUCACCCAAUCUCAAUGCUACAGAGACGUCAGUCGAAAGAGGUCGUUCGAGACACAGACGCUGUGGGAGUCCCAGCAAGAAAGAGAUAGUCUUAAGGGGCCCGGUAUCACCGGAUCGAUUUAUCCCGUCACGACAAUUUGCUUGUCCACCAUCCACACCUUUCCGUGUAAGCAAAGUUCCAACCCAGCUAACGCCCGAGGAGAAGCUCCGGCGGCGAUGUCCACUAAGUGCAGACCCCUUUAUGCCUUCUCGUCCGCGGAGGUCUGUGGAAGAUCCAAGGACGCAAAGGCAAGCGGAGCGCAGACAUAGUCCUCACUAUGGCCCUCAUCUUGUGAAUGAUUCAGCUGCAGUAGGGAAUCAUGGAGACAAUGAAACAAACGGUCUUCUGAGACAGGUUAGCUCUGGUGCUGUCUGGAAUGUCGGUGGCUCAUCAGCAGUUCUAGGUCGGCCACCUACAGCAGUCCCUGACGGUGCUGGCGGUCUACUUGGCAGUGGAACCACUGCUCCGAUGUAUGUGGCUAAGUUCAUGAAGCGUUCUUCACAAACCGACAUGCAUGAGAAAUAUGAAUCAAGAGUGGCUCUCGCAUUGGAUAUUGAUCGAGCAACUCGACUCCUCGGAACAUCGACGGACUGGCCGCUACUGGAUUCGAAGCCAAGUCCGUCUUCUCCUGACUACGAACGGUUUUUCCCUUAUUCUUGGAAAGACAACGCUUGGAGAAGAGCCGAAGAGCUUCAAUGUAAGUCCAAAAUUUCACAUUCUGCAAGGUAA